GGCGGGGCGGGGCGGGCCGCGGCGGCUGCCCCCUGCCGGGCCGCGCCGACAACAGCGCCGCCGCCCGCCGACAGCGGCAGCGCCGUGGAGGGGCCUGGGGGGCCCGGCAGGCCGGGGCGGCCAUGAGGGCCGCGCUGGUGGGGUACAGCAGCUCGGAGGAGGAGGAGGAGGAAGGGGGACUCCGGGGCGACAGCGCGCAGGGUCCCCCCCCAGCCAGCGCCGGCCGCCCCCGCCUGCCCGUCCCCGCCGGCCUGCCGGGCGAUCCGGAGCCGGAGGAAGCCGUUAGCGAUGACAGCUCCCGGCACGGCGGCCGCGUCCGCGGCUUCCCCCACGAGCGGGGCAGCUGGGCCACCCACGUCUACCUGCCCUACAGAGUCCAGGAGGAAUUCCUGGAGCUGCUGGAGCUCCUGGUGUCCCGCGCUCGCACCUACGUCUCCUCGCUGGCUGCCAUGGAGGAGUUCCACCUCAGCCUCUCGCAGUGCGUGGUGCUGCGCUACCACUGGAUAGACCCCUUUGUCCGCUCCCUCAAGGAGCGCCUGGCCGCCUUCCACAGGUUCUUCUGUGUAGCUGACCAAGUGAAGGUUUACACCAACCAGAACAAAACUAGGACCUUUAUUGGAUUGGAGGUCUCAGCUGGGCAUUUCCAGCUGCUGGAGCUGGUCUCAGAGGUGGACAGAGUUCUAGAGGAAUUUGACCUUCCCACAUUCUACAAGGACCCGUCGUUCCAUAUCAGCUUGGCCUGGUGUGUCGGGGACCUGUCUGGCAGACUGGAAGGGCAGUGUCUGCGGGAGCUCCAGGACAUCGUGGACGGGUUUGAGGACUCGCCGCUCCUGCUGCGUGUCCAAUGGGAGCAAAUCCGUUGCAAGUCGGGGAAUAAGUACUUCUCUUUCCCCUUGAGGUAGGGGCUGGUGGGGCUGUGCAUUUCAGAGCCUUGAAGGCCCUGAUGUUCGACCAAGGAGCGUUCUCCAGUGCAGCUCUGAGAGGUGCAGGCUGUCACACACCUCACACGUUCUUCUUGCCUGCUCAGCAUCUCUGGGGUGUUUGUGGCCUCAAGUCAGGCUACUUCCAACUUUGAAAAAGCUGAAGAAAUACAUGUUUGUAGCAGAUUUCAUUCUCGCUGCUGGAUGUGCUGCAGUCAGCACUGGCGGUUCCAGCCAUCCCAUGGUCGCUAAUUUUGCUGAUUUUUAAAAAAAAAAAAAACCCAACAAAAACCCCAAAACUCUAUUAAAGCCAUAGAUGCCUUAUGGGAAGGAGGAAGAAGGUAGUGUGGGAAACUGUUGCUAAAGGGAGGGUGUCUCGCAUGGUUGGAAACAGCACUGCCUGAUUAUCAGGAGGCUCUGAGCAUGCUUUGAGUAGCAAAAGGCUGGACUCUCUCAGCAGAGCAUCUUCCUGCUGUAAGCCCGGACCAGUUCCUGGGUCGUGUUCUGUGUCCCCCUGAAACUGCUGCUGCCACUAUAGCGAAAUGUCGGUAUCCGAUCCUUUUGCCAAACAGCAAAAGAUGAAACCUGGAGGGGAGAAGUUGGAAACCCCUUGUGUUUCAGUGCUCCAGGCUGGGUCUAAAAGCAGAGCUUCGAUUGUGCAUGCCAUAAGCCCAGGACUUUUUUGGUGGGCUGUUUCUCCUGAGAAGCUUGCUGCUGUGCGUGGGUGAGCCCAAGAGAGGGCAGUGUCAGCUUCUGCCUGAGCUGGAAGGGCAGCGCCCACGGGCGAGUCAAGGGGUGGCAGCUCCUGCCCAGGCUCCAUGCUUUUUCCCCGUGGGAACAGCACCCUUGGUGCUGUGGUGACUCUGUGGACGGCGAGUUGGACUUUGUCCCUUGGGAAAAGCUCCUUUUCAAUCCUUAUGUUCCUGCGGGGAGGUUGGCUGCAGCCUCUCAGGUAUUCGGAGCAGGAUGCUGAUGUGCUGCCCUGAAUCUUUCAUUCCACAUCUGUCUGAUGAAAGACUCUGGGACUUCUGAGCAGUAAAAAUCUGUCUCCUUGUGUCACAAAA